CAUAUUUCACAAAGUUACAACCGCUGAACAAGCGGCCGCGUUUGCCAACGUUUAGCUGUAAAAAUUUUCAACAGCAUUGUUUAUCAAUUUACGCAUUGGAAUUGUGUAUCCCAGUUCAAGGAUGCCCGACAGUGAUGCCGAUAGCGACGCGAGCGACAGCUCCAGCAUUGGCUCAACCAGCAGCGCCGAUAGCGACGCGAGCGACACCUCCAGCAGCAGCAGCAGCGCCGGCAGCAGUAGCAGCAGCAGCACCGACAGCAAUGCUGGCAGCAGCAAGCGGGCCAGCGAGAACGAAGCAGCAGACGUGGAACAAGUGAAAAAGCCAACAACUGUCAAGAAAUCGACAGCUAAGGAUACAGUUAAGCACACAAGUGAUAAAGAAGAAGAAGCACAUCGAGAGGAACAACAAAAGCAGCUGCAACCCGUUGACAGAAAUACAAACGCAAAGAGCCUUGCUGACACGUCUGAGCUGAAAGAAGAAGCAGCAGCAGCGGCAGCAAAGCCUGAAAAACCUGUGGAGGAGACAGAAACAACAACAAGCCCAGUCGAAAGCAAGGCACAAACAGAGUUGCCAACUGUACAGACAGAACAGCAGCCAGCAGGCAAAGAGCAGAAGGACGAGCAGUUGGAGAAGAAGCGGCCGCAGCAGGAACAGUUGAACGCUGUGACCACAAACGGGAAUGGUGCACGCGAGGAACCAGUGGCCACUGGCAACUCACCAAGUAAUGUGGAGGAGGGCGAAAUUACCGAUAAAGACGACGAUGUGCCUCCUGUGGACGCAACAGCAGAAACAAAGGUUGACAGCGACAAGAAAGACAAGCAGCAGGAGCAGCUGAAGGCAACCAACACUGAGGAGGAGGAGGCGGAGGCAACGGUCAGGCAGCCGCCGCAAAUUGCCAGCCAGGUGCGCAGGCGCAGUCACAGCCGCAGUCGCGAGAAGCUGGCCGAGGAACGGCGGCGAGGGCGGCCGGCAACGACACAUAGUCGCAGUCGCAGCCGCAGUCGCAGUCUCUCACGACGCCGACGUCGACGCACACGCAGUCCGCGCGUCAGUCGCAGCGUGAGUCCAGUGCGACGGCGUUCCAGUUCUUUGGAGCGGCGGCGCGUCGAGCGCCAGAAGCGGCACGAGGAGCGCGAUAAGCGCGACGAGGAGCGUGCGCGCGAGCGCGAGAAGCGGCACCAGCAUCGCCGCCGCGAACCGAGUGCUGGAGGCGAAGCAGCAGCAGAAACAGGCGACGCAGCCAAGUCCAGUUCGCCGGCCGAGAAUGCGGACAAUGCCACGGUGAGCGAGCCGGCGGCAAAGAUCAGCGAACGCCAGCGACGCACCGUGGAUUUGCUCACCUCACGCACCGGCGGCGCCUAUAUACCGCCGGCCAAGCUGCGCCUUAUGCAGGCGGAGAUCACGGACAAGGCGUCGGCGGCAUAUCAGCGCAUUGCCUGGGAGGCGCUCAAGAAGUCCAUCCAUGGCUACAUCAACAAGGUGAACGUCACGAAUAUUGCGAUCAUCACCAGGGAACUCCUCCGCGAGAAUAUUGUGCGCGGCCGUGGCCUGCUCUGUCGCAGCAUUAUCCAGGCGCAGGCUGCCUCGCCCACAUUCACGCACGUCUAUGCGGCUCUGGUGGCCAUCAUCAACUCCAAGUUUCCGAAUAUUGGCGAGCUGCUGCUCAAGCGUUUGGUCAUUCAGUUCCGACGCGCCUUUCGGCGCAACGACAAAAUGGUUUGCAUGUCCGCCACGCGCUUCAUCGGGCAUUUGGUCAAUCAGCGUGUCGCGCACGAGAUUUUGGCACUGGAGAUGCUCACGCUGCUGGUGGAGAUGCCCACCGAUGAUUCCGUGGAGGUGGCCAUUGCCUUUCUUAAGGAAUGCGGCAUGAAACUGACCGAGGUCUCGUCGAAGGGCAUCGGGGCCAUCUUCGAGAUGUUGCGCAACAUUCUGCACGAGGGUAAACUGGACAGGCGGGUGCAGUACAUGAUCGAGGUGCUGUUCCAGGUGCGCAAGGAUGGCUUCAAGGAUCACCCCGCUAUUGUCGAUGAUCUCGAGCUGGUUGAGGAGGAUGAUCAAUUUACGCAUCUCAUGAUGCUGGACGAAGCCACCGAAACUGAGGAUAUACUGAAUGUCUUCAAGUUUGACGAUAACUAUGCGGAGAACGAGGAAAAGUACAAGGCGCUGAGCGGCGAGAUAUUGGGCAGCGAUGCCAGCGGCUCGGGCAGUGGCUCCUCCGGUUCUGGCUCGGAUUCGGACAGCGAAUCGGAUGGCGAGUCCGGUUCGGGCGGCGAGGCGGACGGCGAAAAGGCGAACGCGGGCGAUAUUAUUGACAACACCGAGACGAAUCUGAUUGCGUUGCGUCGCACCAUCUACCUGACGAUCAACUCGAGUCUGGACUACGAGGAGUGCGCGCACAAGCUGAUGAAGAUGCAGCUAAAGCCCGGCCAGGAGGUGGAACUGUGCCACAUGUUUCUCGACUGCUGCGCCGAGCAGCGCACCUACGAGAAGUUCUACGGGCUGCUGGCGCAGCGCUUCUGCAGCAUUAACAAGAUCUAUAUACCGCCGUUCGAGGAGAUCUUUAAGGACACGUACCAGACGACGCAUCGCCUGGACACGAAUCGUUUGCGCAACGUGAGCAAGUUCUUUGCCCAUCUGCUGUUCACGGACGCGAUCAGCUGGGAUGUGCUGGAGUGCAUACAGCUGAACGAGGAUGACACGACCUCGUCGAGUCGCAUAUUCAUUAAGAUAUUGUUCCAGGAGCUGGCCGAAUAUAUGGGCCUGGGCAAGCUGAAUGCCAAGCUCAAGGAGGAUGUGCUGCUGGACAGUUUGGCUGGGCUCUUUCCCAAGGAUAAUCCGCGCAAUACCCGUUUCUCCAUCAAUUUCUUCACCUCUAUCGGUUUGGGCGGCCUGACGGAUGAUUUGCGUAGAUUUCUGAAGAAUGCGCCCAAGGCUGUGCCGGCCAUCAAUGCCGAGAUUCUGGCUAGCGGCAAUCCGUUCAAGGAUGCAGCUGCCGCGAAUGCUGCGCCUGCUGUCAGCUCUACGUCCUCCAGCAGCAGCGGCAACAGCUCCUCCAGCAGCAACAGCAGCAGCGGCAGCGGCGACUCCUCCAGCAGUGGCGAGGCCAACAGCAGCGAUGAGGACAGCGACAGCGAAUCCAGCUCCAGCUCCGAGUCCAGUGAGCUCGACCGCAAGCGCAAGAAGAAGCACAGCCAGAAGAAGAAAAAGUCCAAGAAGCAGAGCAAGGCCAAAAAGUCCAAGGAUAAAAAGGAGAAGAAGAGAAAGUCCGAGAAGUCGAAAAAGAAGAAAGAAAAGAAAAAGGCAGCCGAAAAGAAAACGAUACGCAAACGCAAGCACGCGCAGAGCAGCAGCUCCAGUAGCUCCAGCAGCGGCAACGAUAGCGACAGCAGCUCCUCCGACGCCUCCUCCAGCUCCGCGGAGCCGCCGCAGCCCAAAAUCCAGCGCAAGGACAACAAAUACAGCGGAAGCAGCAGCAGCAAAUCAAAAACGGAGGUAACCGCGUCCAGGAGCAGGCAGCACGACAGCGACGUCUUCAAUCUGGAAGGACCCAAUGCCUCGCCGCCGCCGCCCGCGCGACAACAGCACAAUGGACACGGCCAAGGCAGGCGCGAGGCCAGCCCGGAAAGGGAGCGAGAGCGGGGCAGGGAGCGAGAGCGAGAGCGGGAACGAGAGCGUCGUGGACGGGAGGACAGUCGCAGCAGCAAACGGGAACGGGAUGGAGAACGCGAGCGAGUUCGCGAUCGAGAACGGGAACGCGACAGGGAUAAGGAACGGGACAGAGAUCGGGAGCGGGAGCGAGAGCGAGAGCAAAAAAGAGAACGUGAGAGACGUGAACGUAGGGAUCGAGAGCGACGCGAUUCGCCCAGACGCCACCAUCAUCAUAGACGCAGCGUGUCCAAGGAGCGCGGCUGAGCAGCUCCUGCGCCAGCUUAAUUAUCCAUCUAUGCAUUUUCCCCAACUAAUCUGUCGAACUGUGUACAAAGAAACGAUCUAAGCCCAGCAG